CCAGACAGGACAUAGGCGCAGGCGGAGCCACAGGUUCCUCCUCACCCUCUCGCUCGCCACUCUCCCACCCACGAUUAACCCCGACGCGAGGACAGGAAGAGUGUGUUACGGGAAGCCAUGGACGCCACGCUGCUGCUCCUUUGCGCCGACUGCUCGGUCGUCGCCCGCGGCGGCCGCCGGGGGCCUUCCCUGCCCGCGGGGCCACGGGUGGCGGCGGCUCCCGCUGCACGGCCAUCCAGGGCCUCAGUCCGAGCGUCCGCCGCCGCGGCGCCCCCCGCAGCGUGCGGCCUGCCGCAUCACACCUCCGUCGCCGGGCAAAAUAGCGGAAUUUACACUGUUGGUGAUUUUAUGACUAAAAGGGAAGAACUCCAUGUUGUGAAGCCGUCAACUUCAGUCGAUGAAGCCCUUGAGAUGCUGGUGGAGCAUAGGAUAACUGGCUUUCCUGUUAUUGAUGAUGAAUGGAAUUUGGUUGGUGUUGUCUCAGAUUAUGAUCUCUUAGCACUGGAUUCAAUAUCAGGAAAUGGACUUGCUGAAGCAGACAUAUUUCCUGAGGUGGAUAGUACUUGGAAGACAUUCCGUGAGAUACAGAAGCUCUUGAGCAAAACUAAUGGAAAAAUCAUUGGUGAUGUUAUGACUUCUGCACCUCUUGUGGUGCGUGAAACUACUAACCUUGAAGAUGCCGCAAGGUUACUCCUUGAAACUAAGUACCGCAGGUUGCCAGUAGUUAACAGUUCAGGCAAAUUGGUUGGGAUCAUAACAAGAGGGAAUGUCGUCAGAGCUGCCCUUGAAAUUAAGAAAAAGUUAGAAGGAAAUCUUUGAAUGGAUACUGUGGAUUGACCCUUUGGAGACAUUUAGGGGCUUCUUUCUAUAUCGGGGAGAUGAACAUAAGGACAGCAGGAAAUUGGAUUCAAACCAUUGUUUCAGCGAUCAGUAAACUUCGCCGCAAUGUUUAUACCCGGCGAGAGUUCAGCAGCUGCAUUAUCCAGGAGAAGGUAGAUCAGUAUAUGUGUUAGUGUCAUCAAUUGAAGUGUAACGUUAUGUAUGCUGUUUUGACUAAAUUCAGUUACCUGCACAUGGUCAAAAGAUUCGGUUACAAGUUGUUUGCUUGAGCAUUUCGGUGGAAAGUACAGUACUACAGUGUAACGUGACGGAAAAGGAACCUCUAAUAUUCUACAAAAUACCCCUACAUUGUAAAA